GUGCUUGACGCAGAACUGCGAGUGAAAGGCAUUCAAGGACUGAGAGUUGUGGAUGCAAGCGUUUUUCCUGCGCCAGUUGGUGGGCAUCCCCAAGCAACGCUGUAUGGGCUUGCGGAGCGCGCCGCUGCACUGAUUGCUAGAAAGAAGGACGAGCUUCAUAUAUCAGGCAAUGUUUAG